GAGUCCGGACCCCGCCCGCAUCAUGGCCAGCCCCAGAACGAGGAAAGUUCUGAAAGAAGUCAGAGUGCAGGAUGAAAACAACGUGUGUUUUGAGUGUGGUGCGUUCAAUCCUCAGUGGGUGAGUGUGACUUACGGCAUCUGGAUCUGCCUGGAGUGCUCGGGGAAGCACCGCGGGCUCGGGGUGCACCUCAGCUUCGUGCGCUCCGUGACCAUGGACAAGUGGAAGGAUGUGGAGCUGGAGAAGAUGAAAGCUGGAGGGAACGCGAAAUUCCGGGAGUUCCUGGAGUCUCAGGAGGACUAUGACCCCUGCUGGUCCCUGCAGGACAAGUACAACAGCAAGGCUGCGGCCCUCUUCAGGGACAAGGUAGCCACUCUGGCUGAAGGCAGAGAAUGGUCUCCCGAGUCAUCGCCUGCCCAGAACUGGACCCCACCCCAACCCAAGACACUGCCGUCUACUGCCCACCGAGCCUCUGGCCACCCACAGAACUCGACCUCCUCCUCAGACAAGGCAUUUGAAGACUGGCUUAAUGAUGACCUGGGCUCCUAUCAGGGGGCCCAGGAGAACCGCUAUGUGGGGUUUGGGAACACGGUGCCGCCCCCGAAGAGGGACGAGGACUUCCUCAGCAGCGCCGUGUCGUCCCUGUGCUCGGGCUGGAGCAGUUUCACCACCGGAGCGAGCAAGUUUGCCUCGGCCGCUAAGGAGGGUGCAACCAAAUUUGGAUCUCAAGCAAGUCAGAAGUUUUGGGGCUCCAAGCAGCAGCCCGAGAUGGCUUCGGAGCUGGGCCACAGUCUGAACGAGAACGUCCUCAGACCUGCCCAGGAGAAGGUGAAAGAGGGAAAGAUUUUUGAUGAUGUGUCCAGUGGGGUCUCUCAGUUGGCGUCCAAGGUCCAGGGGGUUGGCAGUAGGGGAUGGCGGGACGUCACCACGUUCUUUUCUGGGAGAGCAGAGGACCCGUCGGACAGACCCCUGGGGGGCCAGAGCUACCAGAACAGCGGUGGGGACCACCCCCAGAACCGCGCCGUGGACCAGAGCUUCUGGGAGACCUUCGGGAGUGCCGACCCCGCCAAGGGCCACAGGUCCCCGAGCAGCGACAGCUGGACGUGCGCGGACGCCUCGGCCGAGAAGAGGAGCUCGGACAGCUGGGAUGUGUGGGGCUCGGGCUCCGCGUCCAACCAUAAGAACAGCGACCACAGCGACCUCGGGGAGGCCUGGGGGGGCGGUGGGGAGGGCAGAGCCAAGACCGCCAAGAAGGCCGCUCUGCCCGCGGUGCCGGUGGACGAGGGCUGGGACGACCAGGACUGGUAGGCCCGCUGCGCCCCAGCAGCUGCGGCGGCCCCUGCGUCUGCACUUUGCCCCACACUCCUCCCGUCUGAGCCCAGAGACCAGCCGUGGCGUGAAGACAGCACCCCAGUGGGAGUGGGGUUGGUGCUGCCGGCUGGCUCGGGCGCCGGCCCCGCAAGGCCGCGGUGCGGGACGGUCCGCGUCUCUCCCGUGGGAACCUGGCCAGGGUGACGCGGGGCAGAGUCUGCUCCUGCAGGAGGUGGGCCGCGCCAUCGUUCCCAGAACGCCCUCUAAUAAACCCUCCCGAGUGGGGUGCAGCUCGUG